AUGGCCAUUUGCCGGGAUGGAAGUCAGAAAUCCAACUUACCUAUCUUCUCGCUUGUUGCGCUGAUUGGCUCGAUCGAAUCAUUUGACUACUGCAGUAACAGCUUGUGCACUGCUGGAGUCCCGAAUGUCGGUUGUAAUCCGCCUCCACUGGGUGGAGGUUCGCGCUGUGCCGGCAUGUCUCCAGCAGUAGUGACUAUUACCUCGGCAUUGCAGUCUCGCAUCUUGGAUCAACACAACAGGCGCCGAUCGACCAUUGCCACUGGAGGGCUGUCCCCGUUCCCGCAGGCUCGCCGCAUGGCCACCAUUCAGUGGGACAACGAGUUGGCAUCCCAGGCUGGUCACAAUGCUCGCUCCUGCACGUUCGCACAUGACCGCUGCCGCAAUACCGAAGCGUUCCGUUGGGCCGGUCAGAAUCUUGCCAUCAAGCAGUUCUACGGUCAGACCUUCACCAUUGAGGCUCUGAUCGAUGAGUUCGUUGCUAUGUGGUGGGACGAGUACCAGUACACUACGACGGCUAACAUCGAUAGCUAUCCUAGUAACCAUGUGGGUCCUGCUAUUGGACACUUCACCCAGAUGGCCAGCGAUCGCACCUGGAAGGUCGGAUGUGCCAUGCAGAACUGGGUCGAGGGAGGCAUGUGGAUCACGUACUACUUCGUGUGCAACUACUCGUUCACUAACAUCAUCAACCAACCUGUCUAUGUCCGAGGUACUACCGCCUCGGGUUGCACCACCGGCCAGAAUCCUCAAUACCCAGGCCUUUGCUCGCUCAAUGAAGCGAUCCAGUCAGUUCCGUAG